UUGGGAGUUCGUGCUGGCGCGCACGCCUGCGUCCUGUCUACAUUGUGACUGAAUUUGAGCGCGUACCAUGUUUUGUGUAAAUAGUUUGAAGUUUAUAUGGGAUGAUUUGAGAGAGAUAAGAAAAUGUGAAGUAGCAAUUAUAGUGACUGUGUGACUUUGAUUUCCUUGAAAAAUUAAAUUUUUGUGUGGUGUAAUUGAAGGCGACAAGUCUUAUUACUUCUUUAGUUUCGUGUGUAGUGGGAGUGAGCUGUGGAUCUGUGUGAGUUAGUGUGUUCGAGAAGCUCUGCGAUCAUGGCGCAACUGAACUUCAGUGAAAGUUCUGCAUUUGACCACUCGGAUAACGAAUAUGACAAUGCGGACACAAUUCCUAUGGAGUUUAUUAAGGUGGAGCACAUUUACGAUGUAAGUAUUAAAAAGUAUAGUUUUAUAAUUAUGAUCUGGAUUAAAUCUCUCCUUCGUGUGUUUACUGAAAACAAACUAAUCGUGGUAAUCGCAUGUAUUUGUUCAUGCAAACAUACUUAUUUCUGUUCUACUACAAAAGAAUAA